CUGUUUCUUUCCCCCUCCAUCCGAGCGAAAGGCCGCCCAUCUGGAGCGGCCUUUCGCGGGGAGUCCCUGGGUUCGAAGGGCGUCCGUCUGGCGGCGGGAGAUCCUGUUCGAUCCAGGAGAAGAAGCGUGGAGCUUUCGGAUCCCGGGGACCCGAGCUCCGAAGGAUCGCGCGCAUCUCAGUGCAAGACCAAAAGGCGGUUGCGAGGAUUCUUUGCGGGGGGGAUUCGGGGGCUCGGAUUCUUCCCUGCUGGUGCGCUGAGCUUCCACCAUGGACAUCCAGGAGGCGGACCUCAGAGAGAUGGCCUCUGUUAUCCAAUCAAAAGUUGUUCUGGAGGUGUCUUCUCAAGUCCAGUCACUGCUGGAUUCUCUAGAAACCACCACACUGGACAUUGCAGUGACGGGCGAAGGUGGGGCUGGCAAGUCCACCUUCAUCAACGCCCUGUUGGGGAUCAGCGAUGAUGACGUCCGUGCGGCCAAAACUGGUGUGGUUGAGACAACUGCUUCACCCACCCCUUAUCAUCACCCUCAUCUGCCCCGUGUUCAGCUUUGGGACUUGCCAGGCAUUGGUACCCCUUCCUUCCAAGCCAAAAAUUAUCUGCAGCGGGUGAAGUUUGAGAGAUACGAUUUCUUCAUCAUUCUAGCAUCUGAGCGUUUCCGAGAGAGCCAUGCUGAGCUGGCUCGGGCCGUAGCAAGCAUGGGCAAACGUUUCUACUUUGUCCGUUCCAAGAUAGACCAGGACCUGCGGGCUUCCCAACAACGAAGACCAAGCUUUUUCCAGGAAGUUCAAGUGCUGCAGCAAAUCGAGGCAGACUGUUCCCGCCAGCUCAAGAAGGAAGGCCUGGAGAACCCCAAGGUCUUCUUGAUCUCCAGCUUCCAUUUGCACAGGUUUGAUUUCCACCGCUUGCAGGACACUCUGGCUGAAGAGCUGGAGGGUCACAAGAGGCACACCCUGCUGCUUUCCUUUCCGUCCGUCACCGCUGCAGCUGUGCAGAAGAAGAAGAGUUCGCUGCACCGGCACAUCUGGAAGAAGGCGCUGCUGGCGUGCGUUAUUUCAGCCCUCCCUGGCCAUCCCUUCCACCUCAACGUCCCCAUGCUCAUGAAGACUCUCAAGACAUAUCAGCAGCAUUUUGGCUUGGAUGGUGCUUCUUUGGAGACCUUGGCCACCGCGGUGUCAAAACCCUGUUGUGAAUUGAAAAAUCAAGUGCGUUCAACAUUCGCCAGAGACUUUUCAGAGAAUGCGAUCCAGGCAGUUUUGAGCCAAGCUGCAGCCUGUGGGCAGGUGACGGCCAGAAUGGUGAAAAGCCAAGUGCCCAUUUUCAACAACUUGGUAGCAGGGGCCCUCUCGUUUGUGGCUGCCUAUUAUUUGUUGCACACUGCUCUGGAUAGCUUUGCAGAAGAUGCGCAGAGCGUCUUGGAAAGAGCGUAUGGCUUGGAGACAGAGGUGCAGGGAUCCUUUUGUUAUCCUUCACUGGGCUUCACCUGUGAAGGAAGAUGAUCAAGAACACCACCCCAAAUUGCUUGGAGAUGGACAAGUGCGUGUUUUCUCUCUUGCUGCUUCUGGUUUUCCCCAUGUGGUCAAACUGGCCAGGAGAACAUAGUCAAGAUUGCUUUCUGCCUGUCAUAUGAAGAGAACCCCCCCCUCCUCCUCCCAAACGUAUUGAGAUAAAUCUUCAAAUAGUGACACUACAUAAACCGGGAAGAUUCUUUGCACUUUUUUAGCUAUAGCAGAUUUGAUUAUUGGGAGGAGUUUACUGUUUUUUUUUUUCAUAUCAUGGAUUGGUUCUCUGAAUCUUUUCUACCGUAGCAAUCUUUUGAAAUUAAAAGUGCUGAAAUCGCUUGGUGUCUCAGUGAGUCAUUCAAUUAUUUUAUAGGUACAUUUAUAGGCC